UACGUCAUCAAAACACAAAAUGGCCGUUUAUGCGAGAGCUGCUGGUAGGCUUAUCGCAGUAGAGUGGUUUAUCGAGUUCAAUAACAGUGCGUACCAACUGCCUCUUAUAAAAUUUGUAGUUCCGUGAUUUAAAAAAUGGAUCUAUUGUGAAAAUUAUACUAAUGGGAGAAUAAUCAUAUAAUAUCAUCGCGUCUAACACUCGAUGACCGCCAUCUUUCUUCCUAAAUUGACGUGUUCACGAGCAGAUUGCGUGUGUACUAAUAAUGCUCAAAAGUGACGUGCUAUAUUAUUCUUGCUGUAAUAUUUAUUUAAAAAAUUAAUGCAAUCUGUAAUGGAACGUUCGUGAAUUUCGUGAUGUGGCCAGUGUGUAGUUUGAGUGCUGUUUUGACUCCAGAGUAUUGUCGUGUCAUCGGAAAAGAAUAUGGCUGUCCAAUGCAACGACAGCAACUUCUGCCGUUUAUCGAUACUAGCGAAUCUUGACAUAAGAAUUGACCAACAACAAAGUAAUACUAGACGAUAUAAAAUUUGAAAAAAAAUUACGGACAAACAAAAUUAUAUGUAUGACUGAUGCUUUUCUAAAUUAAUUGUUUUUGGUGUAUAAUGCCAGUGGUUUUGUGGUCGCCAUCUUAGCUGUCUAACGGAACUUGGCAUACGACGAUGGCGUGACAACGUAAAACGAUUAAAUACGAAUUAAAAAAUGGUUAGCCAAAAUGAGUUUCAUAAAUCGUAAUAUUAUUUUAAAUAUCACUUAUGAUAAUUUAUUAACGAAGUUACUGAUGCCCCGAGUAGUUAUGGAUUUUACUACAUCAUCGCAUAGUGCAUUGUGGGUAACGCCCGUAACGGCGGAAUGGAGGAAUCGGACUGCAGUUUGCGCGGCGAACACUCUAGACAUCUGAUCGUUUAUACGGAAUUGAAAUGUCGAUCCAGCAUGAUUGAAUUUUGCUUCAGUUACCAAACUUACAACAAUUAAACAAAGUGUGUACCUUACAGUUGUCGAUUGGAAUUUAACCAUAGACUGUUUUUCAUCCUCCAAUAAAAUAUGUUAUUUUAUUGUAAAUACAUUAAUCUAUUAUUUUGCAGCAGUAAAUCCAUUCCCUGUGUCUCUAACAAGGUUUCUACACUCUAUUCGUCGCUGUUUCAAUAUAAAUUUAUAAGUAUAUAUCAGACGCAAAGAAUAAACGACCGGAAAAAAAACGUUUCAACGUUAGUGAUACGAAUGUUAAUGGUGUCAGAUCGUCUACACGAACAAUAAAAAUUAAUAAAGAAAUUCUUUAUUCGACGAAAGAUCAACUGAAUGAAGAAGUAUGCAUGCUUCAAAUUUGGCGGUAAAAUUUUCGGGUGUGUUCGGGUUGCUUCGUACUGUGAAAGGUGAAUGGAGAAGGAGGUGGGGAAAACAAGGGGCGACAACGAAGAGGAACGGAGGAACGGGACCAUUCGGUACGUCGCGGAAGAAUGCGUAGCCAUUGUUGGUGCUGCGAUCGUUAGUUUCUAGAUCCGAGAUCGUCAUGGGCACGGAAAGCCAUCCGACACCGCGCAGCCAAAGGAAAAUGUCGAUGGACUGUAACGCUGAGCACUGAUACGGUGUUGAGGUGUAAGAAGGACAUUGAUAUUCGUAAUUGAGCGAGUGGUCGGGGGCCGCGUUCGUUCGUCGCGUAUGCGAACUAAGCGCUCGCGCUCGCGCGAGUGAGAGUGAGUGAGUGACACGGUGGGGCACUCGGCGGCGGCCAUAACACCGACCGACCAACCAAACUAGCGAGCAGGGAGAAAGCGUAGUGCGAGUGUUCGAGGCGUAGUGGUAGUGUUUUUGCUUGAAUUCUCGUGGAAAGUGGACCUCCAGUGAUCAGGUUCCCACGUGGCGGAGAGACUCCUACGUAAAACAUCCAAACUUCACUCCUUCACGAUUCCUGCUAGACUAGCGUUACUCACACGUUGUCCAAAUUUGCACCAAAACAUAAACUCAUGAUGAAUCGUUGGGAUUGACUGCAAUAAGACCGUACGGUUGCAGGAGAUACCUCGUGAAUGUUCACCUUGUGGGAUCGAAGGCUCUAGGCCACAAAGAGGUUUCCCUUGCCAAGCACGGAUUUUAUGACGUAGUCAGACAAUAUAAAUAUAUAUAUAAAAAACUCAAAAUCGCCAUCUGCAUGAUGCCUUUUGAUAAUAAUCACGUAGACAUAUGUUGCUAGAAUCGCGAGUCUUGGCUGGAGGCACGGCGAAUUGCAGCAGCAUACAAGGCUGACAUUCGAGCUACUACCGUUCGGUAGGCUUGAGUAGUGUUAUGCCACCUCGGCACCGAUCUCCCAGGUCGCAGCCCAGUCGUCUCGGCAAGCAAUUAGGGAGCUACAAUGCUCAGUUCAGAGUAUAUCCUUGCCAGCUCGGUUGUUGAUGAAGCCUCGUAGCGUCAAGCACCGACGUAAGGCAGUUACCUGCUGCGUAGCAUUUAUGUACCAUAUAUGUCGGAAAGAAGCGAAGCCAAGAUGCAGCAGGUGGAUACUAUCACGCAGAAUAACUCGUUAGAUGUGGAGGAGCGAGAAAGGCUGUGUAAUAUACCGAAGACGAGUGCACCUGGUAAGGCAUCGAGCACGCCAACUGUACCUGCGAGGGAGCCUCCUCCACGAGAAGAGCCACCCGUAGAGCCAGUGAACGGUGUUGUUCAACCACCGGUCGUUCCACCACCAACUCGGCCAGGCCGUGUAACCAAUCAGCUACAGUUCCUGCAAAAGGGCGUACUCAAACCAGUAUGGAAGCACCAAUUUUCCUGGCCCUUUCAGCAGCCCGUCGACGCGAAGAAACUCAAUUUGCCAGAUUACCACAAAAUCAUCAAACAGCCGAUGGACCUUGGUACAAUCAAGAAGCGCUUGGAGAACACCUAUUACUGGAGCGGCAGAGAAUGUAUCCAGGAUUUCAAUACCAUGUUCACCAAUUGCUACGUUUACAACAAACCAGGGGAGGAUGUAGUAGUGAUGGCUCAAGCUCUCGAGAAGCUGUUCCUGACGAAGGUUGCGCAAAUGCCGAAAGAGGAAGUGGAGCUGGAUCCGCCAGUGCCGAAAGGACCCAAAGGAAAGAAAAUGGCGGCAGGCAGACUUGCAGGUGCUACGGUAUCGGCAGGAGUCGUUGGUACGGCUGCGGCCGCUGCUGGGGCUGUAACGGGAGCUGCACCUGGUCCUGGAGUAGGGACUGUUGUUGCUGUAGCUAGCGGAGGCAGUACCGGUAGUACUGGCGUCAGUGCUGGCGGUCCUGGAAAUGCCGGACGUGGUCGCCCUUCCUCGGUAACCGCUGCCGUAAGCUCGAGCGUGCCGAACAGUUUAACCCCAUCGGCGACCUCGGCUGGAACGACGGGGGUCAUACCGAUGCCGCCUCUGGGAACUCAGGCGCCUGCUUCCGUACCGGGAAGCACGAACACAACCACAAUCGCACCUCCGUCAAGUAUCGGUGUAGCGCCGAUGGCCACACACAACUCCCUGCCACAGCAGGUGAUUCCUCCGGGUAGCGGAUAUCACGCGCAGCCCGCUAUGGAUCCUCAGGCUGCGUCCGCUGUGCCUCCUCCGCCCCAAGUUCCGACUGCACCCACCGUAAUGCCUCCUUCGCAGCCGGCCAAGCUCAAGAAAGGAGUGAAGAGAAAGGCUGAUACCACGACGCCCACCGCCAAUUCAUUCGAGCCGCUUUACCCUCCGCUCGACUCGAAGAAUGCCAAAAUACCUACGAGACGAGAAUCCGGCAGACAGAUAAAGAAGCCAACGAGGCAAGCGGAAGACGGCCUUGUGCCAUUUCACCAAGCCAACAUGCCCCUCAUCGGGGCCAUGGCUCAACAGCCUCAGCACCCAGGCGGCAAAUCGAAGGAGAAGCUGUCCGAAGCGCUAAAAUCCUGUAACGAAAUUCUCAAAGAGCUAUUCUCCAAAAAGCAUUCGGGUUACGCAUGGCCCUUCUACAAACCAGUGGACGCAGAGCUUCUCGGCCUUCACGAUUACCAUGACAUUAUCAAGAAGCCUAUGGACCUUGGAACUGUAAAGACGAAAAUGGACAGCCGCGAGUAUAAGACGGCUCUAGAAUUUGCGAGUGACGUCCGACUCAUAUUCACUAAUUGCUAUAAAUAUAAUCCCCCUGAUCACGACGUAGUUACAAUGGCAAGAAAGCUUCAAGAUGUCUUCGAAAUGAGGUACGCUAAGAUACCUGACGAGCCAAUGCUCGGACCGAAAGGUAGCAGUAGCAGUGGCAGCAGUUCUGGUUCCGAGAGUUCUUCCGAGAGUGACGACUCUGAGGAGGAACGCACUCAAAAAUUGGUUGCCCUGCAGCAAGAGUUGAAAGCUAUGCAGGAACAAAUGAGGAAGUUGGUCGAGGAAAGUGGGAAGAAAAAGAGUAAAAAGAAGAAACCGGACAAGGCGAAGCCAAAACCGAUGAGCAAUAAAAGUGCCGGUCUUGUCGGUAGUCACAGUGGUGCCAUGAAAGAGCUUAUGAAGCCAAGCGGCGGAAUUCCAAACGUGUCCGAUAGCGUUGUUGCUAGUAUAGCAAGCGUGGCGAUGGGUGCUGGUGAUCUCAAGAUGCCUGGAGGCAUGGGUGGAGAUCUUCAUCAUCCGGCAAUAGCGGUUGGUCCAAAUAAGGGUCAUCCGGCCUCCGGUAUGGGCCAUCACCUUCCUCCAGCUGCGAAUGCGAAACCGAAAGGCAAAGCUAAUCGCGGAAUUGGAAAAACUGCGGCCACCAAUGCGGCGAAUAAGAGGCCCAAGGCGAAUAGCAGGUCGGCUGGAAACAAAAAGAAAAAUACAAGUAGUCAGCCACCUCCUGUGACCUUCGAGUCGGAGGACGAGGACAAUGCCAAGCCCAUGUCCUACGACGAGAAGAGACAGCUUAGUUUGGAUAUCAACAAACUACCGGGUGAUAAAUUGGGUCGCGUUGUGCACAUUAUUCAAUCGCGCGAGCCCUCGCUCAGAGACUCCAACCCUGAUGAAAUCGAAAUUGAUUUCGAGACCCUGAAGCCAUCUACCCUUCGAGAGCUGGAAAGCUACGUAGCUUCGUGCCUCAGAAAAAAACCACACAAGAAAGUGAGCGGUAAGUCGAAAGACGAGCAGAUAGCGGAGAAGAAGCAGGAACUCGAGAAGAGAUUGCAAGAUGUGACGGGGCAGCUAGGCAACGUCAAGAAACCUGCUAAGAAAGAGGACAAUAGUAAAUCGGUCGACGUGGUGGGAACCGGAGGAGCGAGCGGACCGUCGCGGCUCUCAGCUUCAAGCAGUAGUAGCAGUGACAGUGACUCCAGCAGUAGUUCACUAUCGUCAAGCACCAGCGAUUCGAGUGACAGCGAAGCAGGGAACACUUCGAAUCGGCCGCCAAGAAAGAAAGCGAAGAAGACGGCGCCUAGCGGCGGAGGCGGUGGAGGCGGACCUGCAGGUAAUUCGAUCAUCACCGCCGCCACCGUCCCCGCGACCGCCAACAUCUCUACCUCGGGCUCGGCACUUAAUCACGCCGGUGCUGUUGUUUCACUCUUGAUGAACAAACAGACGACUCAGGUAGUCACGGGAUCCUUGUCGACGUUGGCGUCCGCGUCGGCUUCGACGCCCUCGUCGGUUACGUCUUCUAUUGGAUCCUCGACGGCGGCAGCGGUCGCGGCAGCAGCAGCGGCGGUAGCGGCGGCGGCGACGACAACGGCUACGGGAGUUAAUUCCUCUGGGGCUGGAUCGAAGCCGCCGAUUGUCACGCAACCUAACAAUAUACCUGGCGAUCAAGUUCUUCAAUCAGGAGGCAAUGGUGCAACCCAGUCGGUUGGGGCGACGGCAGUCACGAGUAACCAGCAAGGGUUAGCCAUACCACCGGUGGCAAGUCACACCUCGAUGCCGGCCCAGCCACCACGUCCCACGGCAAUGGCCACAGCUGUCCCUAUAAAAAAGCCUACACCACCACCAUCUUCGUCGCUUCCCCUUCCGACCUCACAUCAGCCUGCUGCCGCUGCGAUUAGCAUGUCUCAGCAGCCUCCGGCUAAUGUUCUACAGUCUCAGCAUACUCUACAGUCUCAAAAUCCAUCUCCGCAACAACCGCAGCAACCUCAGCAGCCACAGCAGCAACAUCAACAGCAACAGCCAUCCCAACAAACUUCUCAACAGCAAAUCACUUCCAACCCAGCUACUCCUUCGGUCUCUGUACCGACUCCACCUCCCAGUGUCACGCCAACGAAUACAAGUACUAUGGUGACCUCGCCCGUGGUGCAUCAAGGAACGCAACCACCAACUUCAGUUAAUUCAUUUCCAAAUGCAAACGCUCCUUCCGCUCCAACGGAUACAACUCCACUUAAUCAGCAGACGGCAGACCUUUUGCAGCCUUACAGUACGCUAGGAUCGAGCCUGCCCACCACGCAGACGUCGCUUGAGCAAACCCUCGCGAAUAUUAAGAAGGAGCCACAUAUCCCAAUGAUUCAGCCACCCCAUACAACAGCGAACAACUCGAAUUUGAACUUGCAUUCUGAGUUGAAGAAUCCUGUGAACAUGAUGACUAGCGGGAUGACCUCGAACCUGAAUUUGAGCAAUAUCAAUAUGGCCAAUCUAAAUAUGAAUCUGCAGCAAAGCUUGACCACACAUAUGCACACGUCCAUGCACAAUUCUCUUGAAAACAUGAUCAACACGACGUCACCACUUAGCAAUAUUCAGAAUACGCAUAACAUCAUGUCUCAGCAGCAUUCCAAUGGAUUCUCAAACGUAAAGCGGGAAAACUCUCCUCCAAAUAUGUUGAACAACAAUGGCGUCCCGGGAGGAAACAUGGGACUCAAUAUGAGUGGGAUGGGAAUGGGCUCGAUUUUCGAUCCUCUAAACAUGGUUACCAUACCCAUGCAACUUCCUCAGCUGCCCAUUAAGAAGGAGGAGAAGCCAUUGCCAAUGUCUCAGCCACAAAUUCCUCAGAAAUCCAUGGACGCGGGAGCUCUUUUUGCAGAAAUGAGUGCUCUAGGAAUGUCAUCGAUGGGCAAUCAUUCGAGUUCACAGCUCAUGGCCGAGGAGAAAUUGACACCGCCUGACUCGAAGAAUCCUGCAGCGAAUUUUGCCUCGGCUUUCAAGAACAAGCAGACCGUCGAGCAGAAUGUAAAGAAUGCAUCGUCGUGGUCAUCGUUAGCCCAAGCGUCGAGUCCCCAAUCAGCUGCCGGAAGUAGCAUGAAGAGUGCAGCACGAGAUUCGUUCCAAGCGUUCAAGAAACAGGCUAAAGAAAAGCAGGAUAGGCAAAGAGCCUUGAUGGAACAACAGGAGAUUCGACGGCAACAAAAAGAGCAGGCGGAACGCGAGAGGCUACGUCAAGAAAAUGAGAGGCGGCGUGAACGCGAAGAGGAGGAUGCUCUCGAGAAAGUGAGGAAAACCGUAGCGGAUCAACAGAGUGCAGUAAUGGUUGUCAGUGCCAGAUCCGAGGAAGCGAAAGCUACCACGGAUACGGACAGUAGCAGCCCCAGUCAAUCGUCGAGCCAGGACAAGGCGGCAGCCGAGAGAGAACGACAACGACUGCGCGAGCAGGAACGUAGGCGACGCGAAGUGAUGGCUAGCCGGAUUGACAUGAACAUGCAGAGCGAUUUGAUGGCUGCGUUCGAGGAAUCUUUGUAAUAUUACAAUUUGCUGCUCAUAAUAUUCCCACUGAAACCGGGCAGGACUUGGAAGAAUAAUGACGCUGGACGAUGCCAGAGAUCGUGUUAAUAUAUACAUAUACAUACUUCUAUAUACAUAAAUACAUAUAUAUACACACAUAUAUAUAUAUAUAUGUAUGUAUACACUUGGUGAUAAGUGAAAGAAAGAAAAGGAGGGAGAAGGCGUGGAUGAAGAGAAACGCUUGUGUAUUAGAUCAAGUAUGAAUGAACAAUUGUUGCAGUGGGGUUAGCGUGAGUUUGUUUGGGGAUGGUUGAAAAAAUAAAAACGGCUUGAUAAGGGGAGGGCGGGGGCAUUCCAAAAGGAAUAAUUCAAGACCUUUGUUGAGGGGUUGAAAGAAGGUGAAAGAGGAGGGUCACUGUGUAAUCGACGGACACCCAAGUGUGACCAUGUAAAUUAGAUAAAUACUUACGAGAUACUUCGAUAAUGCUACCGACUAUUGCGUUACAUUUUCCGGUUUUCAUAAGUUUGUACUUUAUGUAAAUUUGGAGAAAAGAAGAUUAUUGCAAAGGUUACAUGAGAUUUGCGUGCAAAGACGAAAGCGUGUGCUGCGUGAGAGAGUGCGGGGAGCGUAAAGUUGUGUACAUUUAGUUAAGUUUUAUAUUUUUCCACAUUCAGUCAUUGAUCGUUGCUAGGAUUGCGCAGAUUCAACUUCUACUAAUAAUAUACCUAUAAUUAUUAGCCAUUGUACUAAUAAUUUAAUUACAGAUCACAAAUGUUUUUUUUGUCCCUCGAUUAUGAGUAAAACCGUGUAUUUGUAAUCGCGUGGGAUAGGUAGGCUUGUUAAGUCAAUAACGUGAAAAUUUAUCUAGUGCGAUUAUUCGCCUAGACGAGAACUCCCGUCACUCGAGACAUAUGUACGUCAUGCUGCGAAUGACUGGCGGGAAUAAAAAAAAAAAAGGGAGAGAAGGAGAAAAAAUGGAGUAAAUAUAAAAUGUCACAGAUGAAGGUGAAGGGGUGAAACACUCAUUUAUUCAUUCACCAUAGAACAAUGUCGUCAAUUAUUAUGAGAAUAAUGCUAAGGUGAUAGCGUCAAGUAGUUUCGAUCUCUUAUCCAAUCAAGCAUCCGCGUUGUAUCGGAGCAAAUACCUUAUUCCUUGUGUACAGGCGUCGCGAUUAGAGAAUAAAGAAAGGAGAAAGUUAGUUAAGAUGAACCGUGAUGCUGAGAGGGAUUAGAGAUGAAAAGGCCCGCGCGAUAGCGUAUCAGCCUAUUCUAUCGAAUCGUAAUCAAUUUCACAUAUAGUCUGUUGAUACUGGAGAGGUUAUAAUGGAAAGUUGUCAGGAGUCAUGAGUAAUAAUGGAGGAUGACUGAUGAAAUUUAUUGAUUCGGCGAAUGGCGGACUUGGUAGAAUGAAUAAGGGGAUAUAUUAAAUAGAAUCGCACGGUGGACGCAGUGAGUGUCAACACUGGUUUAGUCGUCGGAAUGACGAAAACCGUGUACUCGAAGAUAACGUGAGAAUUGAUACGAGAAAAGUGAUUUUCUGGAACAUUGGUGGUGAAGGCUGUAGAGAUUGUGGGAAGAGAGUGGAUACAGCGAAUCACUACAAUCAUUGUAAAGAAGAUAUGGUACGCGAUAGAAUUUGAGUCCUGGAAAAAAUUCUUCGAAGAAGGCUUACGAGUAAGAUGAAAUAAAAUACAUUUAAAUCCAGAUGCAUCUUAGUAGAGACAACAAGGAUAAGUGUAGUAGUGGUAAUGGUUAAAUGCUGGAUACUGAUGGUUAUGGUAUUGGUGAUGAAGAUGAAGAUGAUGAUGGUGAUCGUGGUGAAUCCCUGAUAAUCCUAGAAGUCUUGGUGAAUAUGAUAAUUGAGAAGUUGGUGAGUAAUAGUAGUCAAAAGUUUGCACAUUAAAGAUGUGAAGGAUGAGAGUCAUGCGUUCCAGGUAGUCCUUCGACUAAGAGCUCCUUUGAUUGUUGAUAACAAUUUUAAUUGGCAAAAAAAGAAGUACAAAAACGAUAUUGAUAACUAAUUUAAAAGUUUUUGGAUUGGUUGCGUACUACUAUUAAUCUGAGCUAUCACACCGAUGAAAUUAAUUUUAAUACUAGUACUUGAAAUUAUAGAAAAUAUAAUAUUAGUGGCUUUAGCGAUAUAGUAUAUAUUCAAUAGUGAAAGUUAUUAUGUGAAUUAUAUAUUAUUAAAUUAUUUAAUUGAAUACAAUUUUAUUUUUUUAAGAGCUUCUCGAACCUGUAGUGUGUUUCUUUAAGUUCUAGUUCACAAACUUAUUCGCAGAGCCAACCCUUACAUUAUUCCUUUCUAAUUUCAAUCCUUCGCUCUGUCCCUUCUUUUUUUUUCUUAUACAUAUUUUCAUGUCGACAAGCAACCAAGAUUGUUUGCAAUGUAACCAUGCGCGUUAUUCAGUAAAUCUGUACAGUAAUAUACAUCAGCUAUAGUACAUACUAUUAAACACAGUAUGAUGAUGAUGAUGAUGAUGAUGACAAACAGUGAUGUCCAUAAUAGAUUGUUACAAGAGAAAGCCUAGCAGUAGCGGUUCAGUGGUUUUAAUAUGUUAGAAAAAAAAAAAAAUAAAUAAAUGAAAUAAAAUACAAAAAUUCGUAACGUUACAUUAAGAAGGGUAUAAGUAAAAGAAAAAAAAUAGAAAAAAAAUUACUAACAUUAAUUUUCUUCUAGUUUACAAAAGUGGUAACAGUCGCGGGAAUCCUAUAGCGUAAAAAGAAAGGAUCUGAUUUUUUAAUUCCUUUCGAUACGUCUUCUCUUUCGUAUCUACUUCAUUUUAUCAUUUUUCCCUCCAUCGUUAAGGCACUCGAUCACCAUUAUUCACUGUUAGGCUAUCAGCUUGUCUUUCAAAGCAAUGCCCUUAAUUUUUAAGCAGGUAAGACAGUUCAUGAAAGUUGUGACUCUCAUGGCACGUUUUCCUACCGUUACAAGUAUUUACGAAAACACGUAUCUAGCCAGCCAUUUAGCCAAAGAAUCCAGCAACCAUUCGUAUUCGAUUACUUGAAUUAUUUAUUUAAAAGAGACAGAAAGAUAGACGACGAGUACCACAUAGAGAGACACUUUUAAACUUCCCUUUUCAUUCAUUAGUAUAACAUAAUUUCGUAGCGUUAAAAUUUCCUUCUUUCCCUAAAGAUCAUGUUGAUUGCGAAUGAGAGAAAAGAAAUAAAAAAGCACUAACGAUCACAUCUAGAGAUACGAAAUCGAUAAGUUAUGUUGCGUAAUCUAGAAUUAAUAACUUCUGUGUACGUGAGUGUUAUUUCUGCGCGCGUGUGUUUGCGUGCGUGCGUGUUUUGCGUACAUGCUGGUCUCUUAAAAAGAAGCAGGGUGGUUGUAAAGACGAAGACCUUAAAAAUCUAUUCGUUAAGACAAAUAUGGUGUGAUGUACCCUCGUAAAAGUUAUUUCGGCGAGGAAGGCUAUGGAUAAUCGUUUAAAUGAUUGUAGGAGGCGUAUAUUAGACGUUAUGUUCGAUGACAAUUUUCUAAGGAGUGCGCUCCGUAAUUAAUAAUCACGCGAUGACCUCUUCGCGUAGCACUCUCACAUGCACUGGUCACAUGGACGAAUUUCAAGACAAUUAUUUAAUGAGAGAGAGAGAAAGCCCUUUCUAGGACGAUAUCCCUAAAGUUUCGCAAAAAGCUGCGUUAUGCGUUAUGGAUUAUGCGUUUUGCGAUUGCGAUGCUCCCCGAGCUCGACGCACUCUUUAGGCAGGAACCUUAAAUAGCGUGUGUUCAAAAGAGAGAAAGAGAGAGAGAGAGAGAGAGAGAGAGAGAGAGAGAGAGAGAGAGAGAGAGAGAGAGAGAACGUGUGCAUGUAACAGGACACAUCAUGUGUGCAUAUGCGUUAUUAGGUAUUAUUAUUGUAUAAUACGUGAUUUAGAAUUGUAAAUACGAAGGAGAAUCAUUGGCAGCAAUUAAAGAAAAAAAAAUGUAUGUAUAAAAUAUUAAUACAAUUCUAUGUGAUAAGGUUUGUAAGGACUAAGGAGGCCAAUAGACAGAUUGUGUAACCUACUAGAUCUCAACGUAAGUUAGACUAUAAAGAUGUAUUUCAUAAGUACCACCAAAAUCACUCUGCCGUAUCAAAAGUAAUUUUUAUAUAAGUUCCCACGGGCGCACAUCAUCUCCAAUGGCACACGAAUUUUAGCAGACUUACUAAUUGAUAGAGGAUUAAACUGGUUGUACAUAAAUAAUAAUACAAAUAAAUGGCUAAAAUAAAGAGAUGCUUGAUGUUGUUAAGUAAAA